GGGUGGUGUGGUGUGGUGUGGGGGGGGUCCAUUGUCGGAGAGGCACGCUGGGAACACCUGGAAAUAGAUGGAGGCGCUCCCAGACGCCGCGGUCCAACGAUUGCUUCACCUUUUCUCGCCGUUCGCGGGGGAGCGCGCUCGUAAGCUCAUUUGACCCGGGGGGAUGUGAGCAGGCAACCUAUCCGGGAUUAGAGAGGGGUUUUUUUGGGCGCACGACAAUGUCCCGCGGCUCGGUCCCGCACUCCCGGCUGUUGUUCGUUCGGUGCGUCUCGGAUAGCCGUUCCGUCUCCGCUCGCCUGUCUCUCCCGGAGCUGCGUCCCUCCCGGAGCGGGUAGGAUGACUUCCCGGCGCCGGACAGGAGGCAGCGGCGCUCCUCUGGGGGUCCUGCUCGGCUGCGUGGUGCUCGCCGUGUGCGCAGAAGCUUCCCAAGCCGGUGCCAGUGUGUGUCGGUCCCCCGGCGCCGGCUCUUGCUCAGACUGCAUCCGACGUGGGCCACAAUGCGCCUGGUGUUUCAAGGAGGAUUUCCUGCACGGGGCUGAGCCGAGCCAUCGCUGUGACCUGGCCGAGAAUCUGCUCAGGAGAGGCUGCGAGCGGGAGUUCAUGGAGCAGUCGGAGGUCAAGGUGGAGGUGGACGCCACCCUAAGCAGCACACAAGUGUCCCCAAAGGAAAUAAGCAUCACCCUCAGACCAGGUUCAGAGGCCAGUUUCAUCGUGGCUGUGAAGCAGUUAGAGCGUUAUCCUGUGGAUCUGUACUACCUGGUGGACGUGUCGGCUUCUAUGCAGGACAACCUCGAUCACCUGAAGACGGUGGGGGUGGCCCUGUCCCUCCGCAUGACGGAGCACACCCCGGACCUCUGGGUGGGUUUCGGCUCGUUUGUGGACAAGCCCGUUUCCCCCUACAUCAAUGUCCAUCCCACUAAGAUAAACAAUCCCUGCAGCGAUUACGGGAUCAGCUGUCUUCCGGCCCACGGUUUCCACCACGUCCUCAGCAUGACGGGCAACAUGAGCGAGUUCACGCGCGUGAUCAAGCGGCAGGGCAUCUCCGGGAACAUGGACACGCCGGAAGGGGGACUGGACGCCAUGCUGCAGGCGGCCGUCUGCCAGGAUGAGGUUGGGUGGCGGGCAGACGCAAAGCGCCUCCUGCUGCUGAUGACCGACCAGCCGUCCCACCUCGCCCUGGACAGCCGGCUGGCGGGGAUCGUGGUGCCGCACGACGGCUUGUGUCACCUGGACAAAAACGUCUAUGCUGGAAGUACCAAGAUGGACCACCCCACUCUGGGUCAGUUGUCCGACAAGCUGCUUGAAAACUAUAUCUACUCCAUCUUUGCUGUUGAGAAGCAGCAAUACCAGUGGUACGAGGAGUUGGCUCACCUUCUACCUGGUUCCUACUUGGGAAAGUUGGGCCUCUUCCAGGCUCAAAGCCUCAUAGAGCUGGUGGUUGAUGCAUACAAGAAGUUGCUGUCGGAGGUGGUGGUCUCAGUUUCGGUGGAGGACAAGGCGGUCAGCAGGUACUGGGUGUCCGUGUCCCCCGGCUGUCCCGAUGGAGCCACCGCCAAAGGCCAGGGUUGCUCGGGGGUGCGGCCAAAUCAGACGGUGUACUUCAACAUCACGGUUGGCCAGCACUCCUGUGCUGAAGAUGGUAAAGAUGAAGAUGUUUUGGUCACGGUCCGCCCCGUGGGUUACAACGAGUCCAUCGUCAUCAGGAUUCGCUCCAAAUGUAGCUGCCGUUGUGGAGCGCUGGGACGGUGCUCCGAGCAGGUCCAGCCGCCCUGCAGAGACCCCCAGCCCGGGGCUGGUCAGCAGCACAGACCCUUUCCAGCCAAGGACUCCAAAAGUGACCCGAACAAGAGCUGCAGGCCCAACGGGUCAGACGUGGACUGCAGCGGUCAGGGAGUUUGUGAAUGCGGGAGGUGUGCGUGUGAGACCAGCAAACUUGGGAUAAUAUACGGAAAAUACUGUGAAAAAGAUGACUUCUCUUGCCCAUAUGAGGGGGACUUACUAUGUGGAGGCCAAGGUGACUGUGUGUUAGGAGAGUGUGUGUGCAAGAACGGAUGGACGGGGCACAGCUGUGGCUGUCCCACGUCCACAGCAACCUGUCGGUCACCGGGCGGCUUGCUUUGCAGCGGCCAGGGCAGGUGUCUGUGCGGCAAGUGUGUGUGUGACGACCCUAAACUGUCCGGAAACUUCUGCGAGAAGUGUCCAACUUGCCAAAGCCUCCACCAUCCCCUCUGUAAGAGUGUGGCCUGCCAUCACUCCCAUGGUCUCUCUCAAAAAGAAAAAGAGUACUGUAACAACACCUGUGCACCACUGAUCGGCAACGUGGAUAUUGUGACAGGGCGUGUGAGCAGCGGCCGGCUGGCGGGCACGUUCCUGAGUGUGUGUGCCCUGACGGUGCUGUGCGGGCUGGUGGUGGUGGCUGUGUCUCGGCUGGUGCUGCAGAAGAGGAGCGGGUCACCAGGGGGUGCCGCUGAGGAGGGAGUCUACCAUUGCACUGGAAAGGAUUUGUCAUACAUACCAACAACCAAUGAGAAAACGGUUACCUACAGGAGGGACCGUCCACCUGACCGCUCUGUGGAGAUGCACAUCCAGGUCCCCAAGAUGCCCCUUGAUGACCCUUGGCGAUUCUAAACAAUGGCGAGGGCCAACGUCUGAAGGAAGGUGGCAGAUACACACAGAAAGAGAGCUGGACUGAAAACUUCUUUUCUGCUUGUCAGCCAUAAGAAAUCAGCAAACUGCAUGUGGAGACUCUAAUGAUGGUAAACCUGGAAACCUCCAUGGAAUCAUAAUGGCGAAACGAACAGACCAAAUGAUUAACUGUUUAACUAACACGGCCAGUAUCCUGGAAACGGAGUUGAAACAAAGAGCACAAGUCCCCCCCCGCCCCACACACACCUCUUCUUCCUCUGUAGCAGCAGGGAGGCUACUUCUUCUACAGGGUAAAGGCUGAUCAUUCUUUGCUUUUUUUUAGCCAUGCAGCGAGUCCUGCUCUAACUUAUGUACGUGUGCGGAUGCGUGUGAAUGUGUGUUUGGUGAUUGUAUGCUUUCUAUUUAUGAUUUUACAGUGAAAACACUACAUUUUGUUCAUGCCUCAUGGAGUUUGUUCAACCCACUCAUUGUCUCCCUGUCUUAGACUGCCCCCAUGUGGUCAACAUACUGUACAACAUUUUCUCUCAUACAGUAUACAUAUACACAGAUAUGAUAUAAAAUUAGCCCUGCAUGGUGGUGUGGGGGUUAGCACUGGCACCUCGCAGCCCGAGGGUUCCGGGUUUGAGACUGGGACCCUUCUGUGUGGAGUUUGCAUGUUCUCCCCGUGUCUGUGUGGUUUUCUCUCCAGGUACUCCGGCUUCCUCCCACUGUCCAAAAACAUGCAUGUCAGAUUAAUUGGACAGUAACUGCUCGCUCCAAAUUGCCCCCAGGAGUGAACGUGAACGUGUGCGUGGGGUUGUUUGUAUCUAUCUGGCCCUGUGAUGGACUGGUGUACCCCACCCCUCACCCAUUGCCAGCUGGGAUAGGCCGCGUUGGGAGGAUGGAUUGGAUUGAUAAUACACAUUAGUGACCUCAGAUAAAAUGCCUUGUGUACCAAUGACUCCAUAUGCCUGUAUUUUAUUACUUUUUUAGGUAAGAUGUUGCUUAAGGCUCUUUUCAGUGUUUUAUUUUAUUCCUUUUUAUGUUAUACAAUCAGCUGCAUUUUAAAUUAAGUGGCAUAAAUGAGUCUGUUUUUUCAUGUGACUGCCUGUUUAACUUGUUUUAGACUUGCACUAGAAAUGUUGCAUUAUACUACUGAAAUCUUUGGAGUCUCUGGGACAGGAGAGCACUGUAAGCAAUCUGAAAUGUUACAGUUGGGCAUUAAAAGAUACAAGUGUACGUUUGACGCUAAUGUAAGAAAUCUACCGGAACACUGGAAAGGCUGAGAUUUGUGUUUAGAAUAUGAACCUACAAACAAUGAAUCAUCUGUUUUAUGAACUAUCCACACAACUUGAUGCUUUAAGGUACGAAUCAGCUCGGAGGGAUGUGAGAUCAGAGGUUUAAUUUCCCUCUGCACCAUCUUUGUGAACUUGAAUCCAGUUCCAAAGGCAUGGCAGGUCGUGAGACUUUGACCCACCCACUCCUGCUCCUGUUUUGGAUUUUUAUUCACAGUGUUAACGGCACUAGCUGCUCCCUUUGCUUUACUUUUACUGUAAAUCGGGAACACUAAUGAUAAUUUAUUUUGAUUACAUUUUAGACUGUUUUCAUUCAGUGAUCUGCUUUUUUUUUUUAAUGGUCAGCCAUUGGGAUUAGUGGUCUUAGGUCUUAGACCAUGGGAGUUAAUCAGCAAUAAGGUAGCUUAUUAAUCAUCUCAUCUAACCAGGUACUGAAGUUGGGGGCAAGAACUGCACUUUUUCUUGGAUAGUUUUGCGGUAACUAAAUGUGACUAUUGUAUUCUAAUAAAAAGGAUUUUUCAAUAA